AUGUCCUUCAGCUUGCGACCGGCCACUACGCAACCGACGUCCUAUGACGUUGAACACAGCAAGGACUUUUGGUAUUGCCACAAUACGCCCGCUCACAAGCUGUGUUACAGGGCUGCCUAUGGGAUGCGACACAAUGCAACCGAAGCUGCAGCACUGGGCCUUCUUGGUCUUCAUUCCUCGUUCGACACACUCUCAACCGUCCCCCUCAAAGCGAUGGGCGAGUCUGCUGUAAAUCGUCUAGACGACGACGAAGACACCUCGGACUAUAUCAACUGCAUCUGCGGCUUCACUUACGACGACGGCUUCUCGAUCGGCGCGACUCCUUCCCCCGCUGGUGCCAUGCGGCUUGCUUCGGGAUCGUCGACUCUCAGCCCCCGCCCCAUCGACAGAGACCCCGCCGUUCGCACACAGAAGGCGCGCCAGAGAGCCGCGCUCGACCUCGAUAGGCAGAAGCGGCGAGUCAGCAAUCCGGGCGUGGACAGGAGGGGGCGGCGGCCAAGCGCGGCUGCGAUAGAUGGGGGCGGUCAGAGCAAACGGAGAAGGAGACCGUCCAUCAACGUGCAGCCGACGGGCGAGGACGAGCUUGUCGACAUUGACGAGCCGUGGUCAUACAGCUAUGUCUCGAUAGACAAGGAUAUCAUCCCCCACAACAACACCCGCGAUAGACUACGCCGCGCCGCGCCGCAGUGGCGGGGCGUGACUGCCCUCGAAGGUGAAUCGUCGACAGCGACAUCCCCCACCACGACGCCCGUCUUGUUGACCUACGACGGCUUCCCCUCGUCUUCACCCAUCCAUUUCACCCCCCUCACAAGGUCCGCGUUCCAUCCCGCCCUCUCCUUGAGCGUCGACCCUUCCCUCCGCCCCCCUUCUUACGCCGUCUCUCGUUCCAUUCCCUCUUCGUCCUUCAUCACCCCGUUCAUGUCCACCAUCAUCCCGUCUACCACUUAUCUGUCCGACCCCCUGAACGCCUAUGCCCACCUCAGUAUGCCGAAGCCCUUUGUCCACCUCAUCGGCCCUCCCCUCGACCUCGCCCUCGAUGCACGGCAGACCGGAAACCAGAGUCGUUUUGUGCGCAGCGGCUGCAGACCGAACGCCGUCCUGCGAGCUGUCCUGUGCCCUCGCAUAAAGCGAAGUAUGUCCGCUCAGCGCGUCGUGGACGAUGGAGAGCCUGAGGACGAAGAUGCGCUGACCUUUGGGAUAUUCGCGCUACGGGACUUGAAGGCCCAUGAGGAGGUCAUGCUGAGCUGGGAAUGGGACGACGGGAGCGUGAUCCACCAUCUGCCGGCGCUGAUCAACAACCUGCACAUCUUCCCGCUGCACCAGUACCGCCAGCAGAUGAUGUCGACGUUGCACACGCUGUCCUCGACCUUCGCCACCUGCUCACGCGGACCAAUGACACGCGACUGCGCCCUCGCUCUCAUGGUCGAGCCUGUCGACUCGCACACGCCGCCAACGCUGACGCCGUCACCCCGCUACCUCCAUCGGGGUGCGGACGUGAUGUGGAACAUUCCCGCCGUUGCGCGCAUGGCAUCGAUCGUGUAUGACUGCCGAGUAAACAUCUUCAUCAAGGACAUGAAGAGCUCCAACGGCAUGUUCAGCAACGGCAAGUGCCUCAGCCCCGAAUGCGUCGAGUCCGAGCCCUUCGAGCUCAAGUCGGAUGACAUUGUGGAAUUCGGCAUCGACAUCGUCGGCGAGGACAACAAGACGAUCACCCACCACAAGGUCGCCGCGCGCGUGGUGUGCGUCCUCACCGAGCAGGAAGCGCAGGCUGCUGCGCGCGCGGAGGCGCAGGCGGGCCCCGCCGCGUACGGUGUCGGCGUACCUCCCGCAGCGGGCGCGUUCAGCUUCGCACCGAGCCAGCCGCCGAAUGCGCCCGGACAGCAGCGUCGCCCGUCGCUCCAGCAGCGCCGCCCGUCACUCCAGCAGGACCUCAUCGAGCUCGGUGACCGCGGCAGGAACAUGCACACGCCUGGCAAGAGCGGGCUCACAUUUGACCACAUCCUGAGCUGCCUGCAGGGCGAGCUGCAGAAGAGUCAUGAUACGGGCACCGAGCUGCAUUCGCUGACGAGUGCGAUGAAUGAGAUACAUGAUACCCUCGGUGGCAACCUGCCGCCGAACCUCCCUCCGCAUCCUUCGAAUCUCCCACCAGUCAUGCCUCCUCAGUCGCAGCAGCAGCAGCAAGAAUCUGAACAACAACAGCCGCCGGCAGCGCCGUCAUCAUCAGAAUCGGGUUUAGCACUCUCGGAACUCCAGUCACGACUGCGUGAGACUCAAAUGUCUCUCGCAAGCCACAUAGACAAAAUCCGCUCCCUCGAGACGAUGCUCGCCGAGCACGAAGCGAUCAAGCGCGAAGUCGGCUCCCUGCGCAAGCUCAUGGAGGAGCGCAAGCGCGAGAUGGACACGUCUCGCGGACGCAGCGGCAGUCCCAGCGGACGCCACCACCAAUACGGGCGCGACGAUAACAUGGCACAUGAUCAGCAUUAUAUGUCCGAUGACGACGACGAUGCACGCAGCGUUUCGACGAUCGUCCCGCACGAGCUCGACCGGGUCGACGAGGAGGACGAGGAGCAGCUGGCCGCGGAGGAGGAAGAGGAGCAGCGGCGGAGGUGGAGGGAUGAGCUGGGUUGUCUGCGCACACCAAAGCCAACGGGCAUGGGUAUGUCCAACGAUGACUAUGAUCACGACCACGAUCACAGCCGAUACAAGCCGCAGCAACGCACUUGGUUGCCGUCUCCUCCGCCCGCGGCCGCGCCAGCUCCCAUACCCGCUGCGGUCCCCGACAGUAUCAGCGAGCGGCUAACGACACUCUCGAAACAACUGGAAUCUGCGCUCGAGCUCUUGCGCUCCCUUGAGGCACAGCAUUCGGUUGUGCAGUUGACUAUCUCCUUGUUGGAGUCAAAGAUCGCCUCGCUGGAGAGUCUCAUGCAUGACACUCGCUCACAAGUUCAGGUGCAGACUGAAGCCACCAAGCAACUGGCCGAGGCCAUGCGCUCGGAGCAACUUCUCGACUCAGCAGCGCAGGAGGCCGAGCAGAGGACGUGGGAGUCGCUGACGGAAAUGGUGAACGAGUGGAAAAAGAACGAAGAGUGGACCGAGGAGCGGGAGCGCCUGCGCUGCGCGAAAGACGAGUGGGAGAUGUGCAUCCGGGUUGUCGAGGAUGGCGUCGGCAGCAACAUUUCGAAGCCCACGCAGCCUGUCAGCAGAGUCGACGCGCCCACGACAGAGGUGAAAACGCAGCAGCUCAUCAAGAGGCCGCUCGCGCUCGCGGUCUGCCUCCAUGACUGCUGGCGUGGAGGUGAGGAUGAGCCGACAAGGAGUCUCAAGGGUAUACCGUUCCCGAUCACCCCGGAGUCCUCAGUGCUGAACCAUCCGCUGUUGUCCUCGGACGAUGCGUCUGGGACAGCAACCGACUCACAGAUGCGGCCACCGCCCAAAGACCUGCCACACUUCAAUCUAUUGGCAGCCCAUGGUCACUGGGGCAGUCUUAUGGCGGAUAAAACCCGAAGGUUCGGUUUCGGUAUAGCAUACAUCACUUCUAGUAGCUGCCCUGGUGAGCGGGUCAUUAUAUACUACAAUAGGGGCCCCAGCUACUUGUGCGUUUGA